AUGAAUUACGCAUUGGUAUUGUUUUGUUUCAUUUCCUGGACGCUCCUGCCUUUCUCGGCCUCCCUCCAUAUAACGAGUCAGACGGUUGCCAAGUUCCUACUUGACGAGUAUGACUACAUUGUUGUUGGAGGUGGUAUCUCGGGACUGGUUGUCGCGAACCGCUUGAGUGAAGACUUGAAUACGACUGUUCUCGUAAUUGAGUCCGGCGAACUUUCUAGUGACGGACGUGAGAGUAAGGUUGUCGCCCCCGGCUACAUCGGCCUCCUGCCUCCAUCGCCCUACGGCAAGAGCGUGGAAACUGCUCCGCAGACCUUCCUCGAUGGCAAGACGCGCAGUAUCAGCCAAGGCAGAGUCAUCGGCGGCGGCUCGGUGACGAAUGGCUUGUGCUGGACUAGAGGCGCGGCCGCCGACUUCGACGCUUGGGAGGAAUUGGGAAACCCAGGUUGGGGAUGGCAGAGCCUACUUCCUUACUUCAAGAAGGUGGCUAGGGCAUCUUUCCGGAGGCUAAGGAGGUGA